UAUACUCUAUCCACCUAUCUUCUUUACUCUCCAUCUUCGGUCCGCCUCCCCCUCUCUCCCUAUUUAUUCCAGUUCCCUCUCCCCAUCCCCCUCUCUGAUGAAGGAUCUAGGCCCGAAACGUCAGCUUUGUGCUCCUGAGAUGCUGCUUGGCCUGCUGUGUUCAUCCAGCCUCACAUUUUAUUUCCUUGUCACUGUUUGCUCAAGGCGUGCUUGGACUCUCGAUUUUCUUCUCCUGAAAGGAUCUGGACAUCACUUAGUCCGCACAUGGAGUGUUAUGGACGGAAGUGCAGAUAUCAAGUUGCAUAUAUUGUUAUUAUCAUCGUCAGCAUAUCUUAUCCUACAACACAAGGAGCUAAUAUAUUGAUUGUACCUGCAGAAGGAAGUCAUUGGGUUAAUAUGCGAAUUCUUAUGAAGGCACUGAAACUUAAUGGGCACAACAACACUGUACUUUAUUUCUCAACGUUCUGGUAUGCUGAAGAGAUGCCUGAUCUAUGUCAUUCAAUUGUUGUACAGCCACUGGGAGACAUUAGGAAAACUGCAAGUCAAGAGAUUUCUCAGGGUUUUGUACAAAAAUCUUUGGAUAUUUUACAGAAUGGCUCCACACCAUGGGGUUUCAUCAAGCACCAAUAUGAACUAAUGACUUUAGUCCAUAAUGCUCAUACUUAUCUUCAAAAUCUUAGCAAUGCUCUUUUUCAGAACAGAAGUUUGUUAAAUGAACUUGAAAAUACACACUUUGACAUGAUGAUUGCUGAUCCUGUAUUUCUUGUCGGUCCAAUGCUUGCUUAUUAUUUGAAGCUGCCUUUGGUGUAUAAUGUUCGUUGGCUCAGCAGUGGAGAAGCUCAUUUUCGAAUUGCCCCAUCACCACUGUCCUACAUCCCAGUCCUUGGUUCACAAUUGACAGAUAAAAUGAGUUUCCUCCAAAGAUCUAAAAAUUUCAUGCUAUACUUGCUUCAAACAUCUGUUUCAGAAUUUAUUUUUCAUCGAAUAUACAACAAACUCUGCUAUCACUAUCUGGGCCCAGAUACAGACAUUGAGACUGUUCUCCUCAGGGCAGAUGUGUGGCUGAUGAGAGUGGAUUUUAUAUUUGAAUUCCCAAGACCCACCAUGCCAAAUAUUGUUUAUAUUGGAGGAUUCCAGUGCAAACCAUCCAAGCCUUUACCUCUAGAGUUUGAAGAGUUUGUCCAGUCCUCAGGGGAACAUGGGAUUAUUGUCAUGUCACUGGGGACCAUUGUUAGCUCUUUGCCAAUGCAUAUUACAGUGCAAAUAGCAGAGGCCUUUGCUCAAGUACCUCAGAAAGUUAUCUGGAGAUAUGAUGGAAAUAUCCCUCCCAACAUUGGAAAUAAUACACUACUGGCAAAAUGGAUCCCUCAGAAUGAUCUACUCGGGCACCCAAAGACACGAGCCUUUAUUGCUCACGGUGGCACCAAUGGGCUUUAUGAAGCCAUCUAUCAUGGGGUGCCAGUAGUUGGCAUACCUCUAUUUUAUGAUCAAUUUGAUAAUUUACUCCGACUUGAAAUCCGAGGUGCAGCAAAAGUGAUUAACAUUGCAACCUUGCAGUCAACAGAUCUAUUGGAGGCACUGAAUGAGGUUAUACAUAACACCACUUAUCAGGAGAACAUGCACAAACUCUCUGCACUGCACAGAGACCAACCUGAGACUCCGAUGGAGAGAGCUAUUUUCUGGAUUGAGUAUGUUGCUCGACACGAAGGGGCAGCACAUUUACGCUCGGAGUCUUACCAACUCCCCUGGUACGUUUACUAUAGUGUAGAUGUGAUGAUCUUCCUGUUGUUCCUGUUCCUCAUGGGUACAGUGGUGACGGCCCUACUAUUGAAAAAGCUUUGUCACAUCUCUCGGAAGAAAAAGCAAAAAACCCAGUAAGAUUAAUUUGUUUGAAUUGGAAGAGACUCUUUGAUAACUUUCAAUUCAUCAAUGGGCAUUUCAUCCAGCAUCUAAUUGUCUAGUUGGAACUAAUUUGAAUCAAUGCUUUGAGGAAAGUAUCACAGAGUGAAAUGCCAGUUAAUACUCGUUCUCGUGAGUAGAUAUAGACAUGGAAAUGUUGUACUUAAAUUUUAAAGAAACAAUGCUUAUUUCAAAACAAACCAUCAUAUUGGUUCACAUGCAGUCAUUGUUUAAAGCAAGAUAAAGUCAGAAGUCACAUGACAUCAGGCUUUAGUUCAGAUUUAUUUGAAAUCACAAGCAUUUGGAGCACUGCUCCUUCAUCAAAUGAUGACUUCACCUUACAGGGUAGCAAGUGCUCAGAAAGCUUGUGAUUUCAAACAAACCUUUUGGACUAUAAUCCAGUUUCGUGUGACUUCUGACUUUGUCCACAUCGGUCCAACGCGCCCACCUCCACAUCAUGGUUAGUAUAAUACUGUGAAGAUUUUGGAUUUCAUUGAUAGAGGAGACAAUUUCCCUCAAUUUCCUGGAGUCAGCUGAAUUUUCUCAAGAAAACUCUGCUUUGUUUGGUCUUUUACUUGCUUCCUCAGUGCUGCGAGACAUUGGUAAUGCUCUUGUGUUGACAUGUUCAAAGUAAGCUUUGGUUUCAUAAACUUCAGUCUGUCAUGCAAUUAUUUCCUCAUCUGCUACAAGGACAAUUUAUCGCACAAAUGACUUUCUUUUCCUCCAUUGAAUAUCUUGAGCAGCACCCUCUUAAAAAUGACGUAAAAUUUAACAUUAGUAAAUCUUUUCUGUCUCAUAUUUCUAGUUGUAUUUUAUGCUGAGUGCAUUUGGAUUGAGUGGUUACUGUGAUUAUCAGAGCUAAUCUCAGGUGGGAUCAUCACAAUUCCUGAAAGUUAGAAACGUUGGUGUUGAACAGCAAACACUGCAUCAUUGAACAAUGGGAAGGCAAAUACAUUUGCAGUGGUAUACUGAA